UCGUAUACUACUCGGCAGGUUAUUCUCUAUCUGACGUGUUGUCUUCGAAAUGGCUUUCCGUUGCGGGAAAGCGGGUCUGAUCCUGACGCAGCUUGGUCAAUCUCUUCGCUGCUCUUCCACUGCGGCUGCUGCGGCUCAGCCACCGCGAAUGAAAACCUUUUCCAUAUACCGAUGGAAUCCUGACAAACCGGGUGAUAAACCCAAGAUGCAGAACUACGAGGUCGACCUGAAUGAUUGCGGUCCCAUGGUCCUCGAUGCGCUUAUCAAAAUCAAGAAUGAGAUGGAUCCCACGCUGACUUUCCGACGUUCUUGCCGUGAAGGCAUCUGCGGUUCGUGUGCUAUGAACAUUGCGGGGGCGAACACCUUGGCAUGCAUUUGCGAAAUCGAUUCGAAAGCUGCCACCAAGAUCUAUCCGUUGCCUCACAUGUACGUCAUCAAGGAUUUGGUUCCGGACAUGACCAAUUUUUACGAGCAAUACAGAUCCAUUCAACCGUGGUUGCAACGUGAUGACCUGAAAACCAUGGAUUCAACCAAGGAGUACUUGCAAAGUGAAGGAGACCGGAAGAAGCUGGAUGGCCUGUACGAGUGCAUUCUGUGCGCUUGUUGCAGCACAUCCUGCCCAGCUUACUGGUGGAAUGGUGAUCGGUACCUGGGACCUGCCGUAUUGAUGCAGGCCUACCGGUGGAUGAUUGACAGUCGUGAUGAAGCUUUCGAAAAGCGCGCAGAUUUCUUGAAGGACAAGUACAAGUUGUACAAGUGUCACACCAUCAUGAACUGCACGAAGACCUGCCCGAAAGGCUUGAACCCUGGCUAUGCCAUUGCAGAGGCUAAAUUGCUCGUUGCUGGUCUUCAGGAGAAAAGCAAGCCAGAGAUGAAAGCUACUGCAUAAUUUGGACGCGUGAAAUUCUGUGUUUUUCUGAUUCACUUCGCAGCAAGACAUUUUAACGGUAUCUUCGCACUCUAGUUACAGUUUGGAGUCUCGCUCUUUGUCUUAUGCAGAACUGAAAUCAAACUAGUGUUGGACAUAUG